AUGGAGCAGGAAGAAGGCCAGCGGCCGGACGGCAAGCUGCCGUCUGAAGAGCCCGUGGCAAAGAGGCAGCGUUUGGAGGAGGUGACAUAUGUGGAAGAGGCGACAAGCAUUGAGUACCAAAUCACAAGAACGGAGACCCAUGUAAAUCAGGAGGCGGUGUACGCGGCGUAUGAGUUUGGGGUGGUGGCGUCAGAGCCAGAGCCAGAGCAGACACCAUACACCAGCGAAGAGGCGGUGGCACAUGAAGAGACCAGCGAAGUCCUGCUUCCGGCCCUUCCGCCCGCACACCCUUGGCACAUAGGCGCGCAGGAGAGCUACUUCCGGCAGCUUUACGUGGCCGACGAGUUCGAGCACCACCGCAACAACUUCCUCAAGCUAGCUCUGUGGUCUGCCGACGGAACGUGCAUGCUAACGACAAGCGAGGACAACCUUGUUCGCAUCUUUGAAGUGUACGUCCGCUUCAUCCACGCUGAAGCCUACAAACUGCAAGAGAUGACCGAAGAGGAGCAGCUCUCGUUCGUGCCGCACCCGUUGCGUUCGGUGCUGCAGAUCAAAGAGGGCGAGACCGUGUACGAUGCGUGUUGGUAUCCGCACAUGAACUCUCAACAGCCCAGCACGUGUUGCUUCUUGACCACCAGCCGAGAUCAUCCCAUCCACAUGUGGGACGCGUUCACCGGGCAGCACAGGGCAACCUAUCGAGCAUAUGAUCACAUGGACGAAAUCACCGCCGCCCUUUCCAUCACGUUCAACCUGACCGCCGACAAGAUAUAUGCCGGCUACAGUGGCAUGAUCCGAAUAUUCGACACCGCAUCACCGGGGCGAAGCUACCGCACACUCAGCACCAAGGACAUCGGCGCAAAAGGCAUUGUGUCGUGUCUGGCGUUCAAUCCGGACUACAGUGGUCUGGUGGCCGCGGGGUCCUAUUCGGGUUUGGUCGGACUCUACACUGAAGGCGACCGCGGCGUGGUAUCGGUGCUCGAGGGGCAUCGGGGCGGUGUGACGCAGGCGCUGUUCACGCCAGACGGCAACUAUCUCUUCACGGGAGCGAGGAAGGAGAACGACAUUCUCUGUUGGGACAUCAGAAACACGAGCCGCGUGGUGAUGCGGCUCUCGCGCCUGGUCGACACCAACCAGCACAUCCGCUUCGACAUCGAUCCCACCGGCAAGUACCUCAUCACCGCCAGUCAGGACUCUCGGGCCUACGUGUACGACCUCCAGACAGGCGGCGUCGUACAGGAGCUGCUCGGGCACACUGAUGUGGUCAACUCGGCCGCGUUCCACCCGUUCGCACCGCUGGUGGCAACGGCCACGGGCGACAGGAAGUACGCCGUGCAGAUGAAGAACUUCGACGACGACGCUAGCGACGAACCGAAGGAGGGGGAAGAGGCAAGGGCGACGGGCGCCGCGGGCGACCAGACAGCAGCCACAGAGAAGGGCAAGGAGAAGGAGGAAGAGGAGGAGGAGGAGCCGGAAGAGGCAGAAGAGGAAAGCGAACAACAACGGCGGCCACACCAGCAAAACGUGCUCGCGCUUUGGUCUCAGCUGGCGCGUCGGCAAACGCCGGGAGAGCUCUAA